GACUUCUUGCAAGAUCCGGGCAAGCCCGAGCGUGCAUGGCCCGCGUGGAAACGUGCUUUCUUGAUGUUCCUUGAGGCGUCCGGCUUGGACAGUGUUGCGCGUAGUCGAAAAAAGGCGAUCUUGUUUUCCAUGCUUGGGGCUGAGGGCCAGAGAAUUGUUGACGCUUUUCAGCUCGAUGAGACUCCCGCUUCCGAGGAAGGCGAUGUUUUUGAAGUCUUUUUGAGUGCUAUCGAGAAGCACUUUGAGUUUUCUGGGUGUAUCGCGCUGGAACGCCAAAAGCUUCGCACUCGCGUCCAACGCCCCGGAGAAACCGUCUGGGAGUACUUGACCGCUCUGCGACGCCAGGGGUCUUUUUGUUCUUAUGGAGACGCUUUGGGAGAGAGGCUUUUUGAGGUCUUUUUGGAGGGGUUGGACUGUAAGCGGGUCCAAGACCGCAUCCUUCGAGAGUGUGUGGGGACGGGGGUACCCACUUUAACCCGUGUCGCUCAGCUCGCGCUGCAGUACGAGCAACUUGUGCGCACCACAGAAAGCUUCCACCUGCGAGCUCCCAGUGCUAGCGGUGCGGCGCCGGCAGCCGUUGAGCGCGUCUUUGCGCACGUGCCCAUUGGAACGCCGGACGCCCAAGAUGGAGAUCAGUCCAAGUUGCCCAAAGGCUUCGAAGAAUUUGAACAUCUCUUUAGUCCAGGUUUGGGUUUGGUCAAGAAUUCCACCCAUACUAUCAAGCAGCGUUGCAACGUGCCACCGGUGCAACAACUGGUGGACAUUAAAGGUUGCUGCAGUUUCACCAUAAAGAGCAAUCAAGUCUGCCACAAACUGCUCGAGCAGUCUUUGAGCCCUCCUGACAUGAGCAACUUGCACUGUUGUCUGAAGAAGCAAGAACACUGA